CGGGACAAUUAAAUUACAGGGCAGAUAAGAAUAAAAAUGACAGACAAAGCUGAUGAUGAUGAUGCAAUUUAAUAUCUGUGGCAGGUGUUGAAAUAACGGAUUAUGCAUGGAAUCAGGAAGGACAUACCGCAGCCCCAGCAGCGGAGAACAAGCCGCUUUAGUCAGCAAAAAUUUGUGUGGCUAUAAAAUCCUGUCCAGCGGAUGCCAGAAUCAACAGUUUUACAGUUGCUGCCACCACAGCAAGGUAAACGCGCACAAAAAAGGAUCAACAGUCCCAACCGAAAAUCCAUCAGAAAAUCAACAAUGAAUAUCCUGUCGCUGCUCUUCCUGGCUCUGAUUGCCUAUUGUGCUGCCAAUGUCCUGCCCGUUGCAAAGCCCAGUAACCUCAGCAUCGACCAGCAUGGAAACAGGGUCUAUGACGGCGAAGUGGAGGAGAAGUGUGACUUCUUCUGCCCUGAAAGGGAUCCCUCAGUUUGUGCCACCAAUGGACAGUGCCUCCUGAAGUUCGACAGCCGCUGUGCCAUGACAGCCUACAACUGCCGGAAUCCCCAGAAGAUGUUCAAGACCGUCGAGGAUCAUCGUUGCGAGAAGGACUGGCAGCCUCUUUGCCGGGAAGAGGAUCUCAGGGAGUUUGGCUUGUGAAGGAUUAUACAUAUUUGGUUGGGAGGUUGUGGAUUUUAAAAUAAAGAAAAUAAUUUACAAAUA